AUGGCCGCAGCAGAGUCCAACCGGUUCCAGUUCGGGGAGAGCGCCCAGGUCCCCGGGUACCGGCCCGCCCCCGCCGUAGGGCCCUUCCUGCAGCCCCCGCGCCCUGCCCUGCUCCCCGCGCCGCCUCCAGGCCCAGCGCGCUGCGCUCCGGCGGCGGCCAAUUUCGCGGGCUUUCUCGGGAGGGACACCAGGCAGGCUACGCCUUCCCCCGCCGACCUGGGCUCGCCAGCGCCCCCACCUGGAGCGGCCGCCCCGUCGGCGUCGCAGCGCCGCAAGCGCACGUCUUUCAGCCCAGAGCAGCUGCAGCUGCUGGAGCUCGUGUUUCGUCGGACCAUGUACCCCGACAUCCACUUGCGAGAGCGCCUGGCCGCGCUUACCCUGCUCCCGGAAUCCAGGAUCCAGGUGUGGUUCCAGAACAGGCGUGCCAAGUCACGGCGUCAGAGUGGGAAAUCCUUUCAUUCCUCAGCCAGGCCAGAGUUUCUCCUCAACCACUCUGCUCCUGGAACUGAAGCAAAAUGUUUGAAGCCCCACCUGCCUCUAGAGGUAGAUGUGAACUGCUUGCCGCAUCACAACAGAGGUGGAGCGGGGCUCUCUGACCCUAGUUCCCAAGGCCAGAGUUUUGAAACCUACUCCUCCCUCCCUGAAGACAUUGGUUCAAAGCUGGACUCAUGGGAGGAACACAUCUUUUCUGCCUUUGGUAACUCUUGA